AUGGCCCCCCAACUUGACGGCUACUUCAAGCAGGUCGAUGCCGACGCCGACCACUUUAUCGAGCGCCUCCGGAAGGCUGUUGCGAUCCCCUCCAUCUCUGCUGAUGUCGAGCGCCGCCCCGAUGUCGUCAAGAUGGGUGAAUGGCUCGCCGCCGAACUGAAGGCCCUCGGUGCAUCUGUCGAGCUUCGAGCCCUCGGCGAGCAGCCCGACAAGCCUGGCCUGCAGCUUCCCCCCGUCGUCCUUGGAAGAUACGGAAGCGACAAGAACAAGCGAACCAUCCUGGUCUACGGCCAUUACGAUGUUCAGCCGGCCGAGAAGACAGACGGCUGGGCGACCGAGCCUUUUGAGCUGUCCGUCGAUGACAAGGGCAGGAUGUUUGGUCGUGGUGCCACCGAUGAUAAGGGACCCGUGCUUGGCUGGUUGAACGCCAUCGAUGCUCACCAGAAGGCUGGUAUCGACUUCCCCGUCAACCUUCUCAUGUGCUUCGAGGGCAUGGAGGAGUACGGCUCUGAGGGCCUUGACGACCUUAUCAACGCCGAGGCCAAGAAGUACUUCGCUGACGCCGACGCCGUCUGUAUUUCUGACAAUUACUGGCUCGGAACCGAGAAGCCUUGCCUGACCUACGGUCUCCGCGGCUGCAACUACUACUCCAUCGAGAUCUCGGGCCCCGGUGCUGAUCUGCACAGUGGUGUUUUUGGCGGUACUGCCCAAGAGCCCAUGACCGACUUGGUUCGUGUCCUUGGCUCUUUGGUUGAUACCGACGGCAAGAUCCAGAUCCCUGGCAUCAUGGAGCAGGUUGCUGCUGUGACCAAGGAAGAGGAAACUCUCUACGACGGCAUUGCCUUCACCAUGGAGACUCUCCAGGAGUCACUCGGCAGCAAGACCACCAUCUUCGAGGACAAGAAGUCUACCCUCAUGGCCAGAUGGCGCUACCCCUCCCUCUCCGUCCACGGCAUUGAGGGUGCUUUCUCUGCCCCUGGUGCAAAGACUGUCAUUCCCGCCAAGGUUACCGGCAAGUUUUCCAUCCGCACCGUGCCCAAUAUGGAGAUCGAUGCCACCAACGAGGCUGUUUACAAGUACGUCAAUGAGCAGUUCGCAAAGCUCAAGAGCAAGAACACCAUGAAGGUCUGGGCUCAGCACACCGGCAAGUGGUGGGUUGCCUCGCCCAAGCACUGGAAUUUUUCUGCCGCCGCCAAGGCCACUGAGCGCGUCUGGGGCGUGCAGCCCGAUUUCACCCGUGAAGGUGGAAGUAUUCCUGUCACCCUCACUUUCGAGCAGGCCACUGGCAAGAACGUCCUUCUCCUGCCCAUGGGUAGCUCCACUGACGGCGCUCACUCCAUCAAUGAGAAGCUGGACAAGCGCAACUACAUCGAGGGCAUCAAGCUCCUUGGCGCCUACCUGCAUUACGUUGCUGAGGAGCCCACCGCAUAA